UGUAAGGACUCGAGAGGGAAUUUCAGGGAGUUUCGUGAUUUGUGGCUGUUAGAUUCGAUCGUGGGAGCUGGAGCGAGGUGAUCAUCAUGAUUUUCAAUCGCGAAACCGUGAUGGCGAUGUUGGCCCUCGUCGGCCCCGUCCUCCUGCAAGCCUUCGCCUCGUCGGCCCCCCGUCCCGAGCCCGGCUGCUCCACGAAGAACGGGAAACUCCUCUGCCAGAACGUGACGCGUCUCCCGAAGCCUCUCCCCGAUGGCGUGCACUUCCUCCACGUGACGGACUCGAGACUCGAUCGCCUGGGGGAGGAGGAGUUGCGCUCGGACACGGUCAGCACGGUUUGGUUCGAGCGGAAUGCGAUCGGGGAGCUGGGCGAGGGGGCCUUCAGGCGACUCUCGGGUCUCACGUUCCUUCACCUGUCGGAGAACCUCAUCCGGGCCGAUCUCACGUGGUGCACGUUCCUCGGUCUCGACGAACUCACCAAUCUGCAUCUGGAGGACAAUCAGAUAAACAUGGAGUCCUAUUACGACUUCCUGGAGUUCGACAACGGAACGAGUGUCGUCCUGAGUCGGGGAUAUUUCUGUCGGUGCGAAGGCAUAAACUCUUCUUCCGAACGUUCUCCGUGCGAGGAGCUGACGGUCUUGCCAAAAUUGCAAGUUCUGAGUUUGAACUGUAAUCCCGUCAGGAUCCUCCCGGGUGACAUAUUCGUGCCCCUUCGGCUGAGUCCGGUCGCGUUUCUGUACUUGGAAACGUGUCAGUUGCUCUACAUCGACGAAGGUAGCUUAUCCCCUCUGCAGCAUCUUCAAAUAUUAAUAUUGAAGGACAACAAAGAGCUGGUGAUGGACAACCUGGCCCAAGCCACGACCAACAUCGACUCCAAGUACAACAUCUCCCUGGAUCUGUCGCGGACCGACCUGAGCGAAGUGCCGACGAACGUGCUGGCGCCGAUCGCGUCGACGCUGCUGGAACUUCUCCUGGCCGAGAACGCUUUCACGACCGUUCGGAACGGGUCGUUCCCGCGGCUGCCGGUCCUGGAGCGGCUGGAUCUCUCGAGGUGCCGGAUCCGGACGAUCGAGGGGGGCGCGUUCGACGGACUCUCCAAUCUCGAGUUCCUCGAUCUCACCGGGAACGGACUCACGGAGGUCAGCGAUGUCGACUAUCUCGGAGCGACCGCGUGA